AUUUCGGAAGAUUCACGGUAGCUCUUAGUAGGAAAAUCCCGGCUAAAGUACUCUUACAUCUUUCUCGUAUUUCGGUGGAAUUAAAUGGAAAGUCUAGCAUAAUAUAGGUGAGUGGUUGGAUAAUUUGUACAGACUUAUUUAUAUCUUACCAUUAUAUAUACCAUUACAAAUUAUAUUAUAUCAACCAUUUGUGUAUUAUAUUCUCUCUAUGGGAACUUUGAAGUAAUUUUGUUCUAUAUCUUUUAAGCUCAUUAUAUCAUUGUAUUCGUUUGAUACAAUGAUCGGACAAAACAAUAUACAUAUAUUAUAGUUCUAUAAUAAAAUUUACACUGAAUAAUUAAAUGAUCUAGUCAUUCUAAUGAAUGGUAAUUAAAUGUAUUCCUUAUAUACUACAAUUCUGCAUGGGCUAAAGAAGAAAUUAGCUUGAGUAUUUAAUUUAACUAAUGGAAUUUAGCUUGACAACUUUUAGCCUGUAGAAUAGAGAUAUAAGAUAUGUAAAAUAUAUGCGUAGGCCUAAAUGUCUUUCAAUUCACAUAUAUUUAGACGCUGUCUACUAACUCCCAGUCAAAUUAUCCAUUGUAUUGUAUCGUUCCACAUGUCUUGAGUUGCAUUAGAAAGAAAUGAGAAUGCAUCUUGGGUCUCAAGUUUCAUUAUGUUGUUAGUAGAUGUUUAAGGCAAGGUCGAAAUGUUAAUUACUUGACUUACCGUUAAGUUUUAUAGACUUUCCGUUAUCUGAAUACUGCGUAUAGCACCAGUCAAUGCGUAUACGUGCUAAUUGAGGCAACAGGUAAAUGUAGGAAACCUGCCAAAGCACGUGAACUUUUCUCGCACCUCGCACUCGAGAUUGUCACGGGAACAGGUCUUCAGAGAUGCAAUCGAAAGCGUCGAAACAUAAACAGCCUAACGCUCGACCGGAGAGCACGAGACGAGCGCACAAAAUGAACAUAAUGGGCUUGCUCGUAAUAUUGCUGCUGGCGCUGGACGCUGUGCAGGCAGUGGAUGUUAAUUUGACCACUUGGCGUCAGCAUCGCAGGCAGAAGCGUUUUCUGAUCUACGAGGAUGGUGGCAUUAUAAAGCUGGUAACCGGCAUCGCAUUUCCUGUGAACUUGGACGAAAAGCACGCCUGGCGUCAGCUGAUCUGCCUGAUGAACUUUCACUAUCAAUUCCCAGAGCCAACUUCUCCCAUCUACUGGUGGCAGCUGUGGAGACAUCGCAAAGGUCGCAGAGAUCACAGAGAUCACAGUGAUCUUAAGGGUCCCCUUCAAUUAACCAAAGAGCAGCAGCGGCAGCAGAAUGCUUCUCAUGCGCCCCAAGUGGAUGCAGCACAACAGUUUCUAUACGAGCUCGCCUUAAAGUACAUGAAUCAACGCGGCCAAGAUGGCAAAGCCUGCCUCCAGCGUUUGAUUUGCGAGAACGGACAGGUGCACGAGCACAAUGGGCUCUAUGCGCAGCUGCUGCACCGCUUGCUCAAACCCCACAGAUCUCUGCCCAAACAUUAUCUGGAUGCCUACAGCAUGGGCAGGCACGGCGUCAACUGUCGCCAGGCGUUUCCCACAGCUGUGCACUGCGUGCUGGAUGAUUAUGUGCAUGUCCAUGAGCGUGGCCUGACGCAGAGCUAUGUCUAGGGUCGUAAUUCGGAACCCUGCCAAAGACAUUCGCAUAUGUAGUAGGCGCUGGUUGCCCGUUGGCUAGGGAUAGACACUUUAAUGAGCACUCAAUUAAAGCUUAGGCAUUUGAGUAACAAUUAUAAAACUAAGGUCUAAUUAAAGCAAUGCUAAUUUGUUGUACAAGCAUUCGUGAAGCUCACGCCAGCCCCACUUAA